GUCACCCAAUCACACCUCUACAUCUCAUUUCCUACAAUGAAUAAACACUCCAUAAUUCUCUUUUCUAUUGAAUUUUUCAAACUCCCUUCUCUCUGUCUCUAUUAUAUAACACGAACGCUCGAAUCAUUCCCGAAUUCGUGCUGUUUUUCUCUUCUUCCUUACCUCCAUUUCAGAACUCGCCCGAGUAGAUGAAAAAUUACUAUGUCUAACAUUCCAACCUCUCUCUCUGAAGUCUGUCUCACCCUUUUCCGCCUAGCCAUGUCCGUCGCCGAUCCUUGGCCCUUCUCCUAGAACUAACUACAAUUCCCCUUCCCCCCAAAAAUAUCUCACCUUUGAUUUUUUCAAUUUCCCUAAAUUUCUCAAUUCUACUAUAUCAUGGGCAGAAUACGAGGUUUCUCGCUCAAACACCGCGUCGCCACAAUUUUCCGGCGAGGUUUCCGGCGUGGAUACCGCCGCCUCGGGAGCAAUCCGGGUCGGGUCGAACCGUUGUCGAGGCUGUUCAGGUGGAUCAACGCGAAAGCGAAGGCGAUAUUAUGCAAGAAUAUGGGUCGAUAUAUCCGGGUCGGGCAAGACGAGAUACCGAAAGGGUAUAUGGCGGUUUACGUGGGCCAAAAAGAGGGCGAUUUUGAGAGGAUUUUGGUGCCGGUUGUGUUUAUAAACCAUCCGUUGUUUGGGGAUUUGCUGAAGGAGGCAGAAAACGAAUUCGGGUAUAGCCAUCCGGGUGGGCUGACUAUACCGUGUCGGAUCUCGGAGUUUGAGAGUGUCCAGACCCGGAUCAAGGCGGGUCAGUGUACCCGGAAGUUGCUGUCGUGGAAAAAAACGCAUACCGGUUUAAUGGAGUCUAGAGUUUGAUAAUUACGAUUACCAAAAUACUUAUUGCUACUUGUUAGUUACACGAUAUUAUUAUUUUUACUUUUAGGAUCGUUUACCAUUCCUGCUGUAUAGAUGAAAUUAGGUAAUUCAGAUUUGUUUUGUGAGUAGGAAGUUCGUUAUAUAUAUAUAUAUUCCUUGUUGAUUUCUGUGA